GGGUGGGUGGGGGCGCUAAUCUCAACGGCGCCACCUUAAAAAAACAGUCUCGCAGACCUGUCAAUCUAGACGAACCAGACAGACCCUGGCUCGUAGCGCUGCUGUGAGAACCGCUAUGUGAUUGGAAGAGAGUGGCAGCCCCUUUGAGACCUGACCGCCUAUUGGCUGCGGCAUGUCGAGACACCGACGCGCACAACGUCUCCCUUCUAUUGUUAUUGUGGCGUGCGCGAGAGGGAACGAACAGGAUGCACGAGGAGACAGUGAGGCUGAUAAAAGGAUAAAACAAGUGAGAAACAUCGAGCUCACGCUGACCAGACAAACAUCAGCCCGUUACAUCAGAGACUCCACUGAAACACACACAAACACACACACGCGCACACACACACAGCUGCUGCAUGCACGAGCAACACACUCAUCACGGACACACAUUUGACUACACACUUGAAGCAUUGUCGGAGAGCACAGCGUCUUUCAGUGCAAGUUCUUCUCUCCACUCUGGCCGAUGUGGACUGAUUCAGAGCUGGGCCAUCAUGAUGCCAGUGAACUUUCUGCUCACUCAUUGGCUGACCAACUUAACACCAGCAUCAUGUCGGUGAACCCUCCGAGCAGCAAUGAUGCCUGCCUCAGCAUCGUCCACAGCCUCAUGUGCCACCGGCAGGGCGGAGAGAACGAGGGCUUUGCCAAGCGUGCCAUUGAGAGCCUGGUAAAAAAGUUGAAGGAGAAGAAGGACGAGCUGGACUCGCUCAUCACUGCCAUUACCACCAAUGGUGUCCAUCCCAGCAAGUGUGUCACCAUCCAGAGGACGCUUGAUGGAAGGCUACAGGUGGCAGGAAGGAAAGGUUUUCCUCAUGUCAUUUAUGCACGACUGUGGCGCUGGCCCGACCUUCACAAAAAUGAACUCAAGCAUGUGAAGUUCUGCCAGUAUGCUUUUGACCUCAAAUAUGACAAUGUGUGUGUCAACCCGUACCAUUAUGAGAGGGUGGUGUCACCAGGCAUCGUUGGUCUCAGCCUUCAAAAUACAGCAGCACAAGGCGGGCUAAUCAAAGAGGAGUACAUCCAUGACUGUAUACAGAUGGACCUCCCACCGGGCAUGCCUCUGUCUGACCACCAAGCAGCCAUGAAGCUGCCCCCCCCAGACCACUAUGGGCAGCCUUUACCUCCCCCACAGCUGUCCUCUGAGCCCCAUGGACCUCCACCUGUCACCAGAUACACUAACCUGCCAGUUUCACCCAAAGUGUCCAGUUCUGGAGGCUUGCUACCACUGCAGGGCGGUCAUGGUGACAACCGUCUGCAAACUGCAUCCCCACAGGCUCAAGUUAUGACCCCGGCACCACGACCUCCAACCCCAACCCAACCCCCUCCUCAGCAGCAGACUGCCCAGCAAACCACACAGCCACCCCACCCACAACAACCCUCCCUACCUCCGCCUCACUCUCACGGACAGAACGGUUACAGCAGCAAUAAACACUCUCAGAGUCAGGCUGCCUUCCACACAGUUUGGACAGGCAGCAGCACAGCCUCCUACGCUCCAAUAGGACCCCAGCAGAAUGGGCGUGGUCACCAACAACCUCCCCUCCAUCACCCAAACCACCACUGGUCCCAGCAUCAUGGCUCAACCUCUUUCCCUCCUUCUGUGUCUAAUCAUCCAGGACCGGAGUUUUGGUGCUCUAUCUCCUACUUUGAAAUGGAUGUUCAGGUGGGUGAGAUGUUCAAGGUGCCCUCCAGCUGCCCUGUGGUGACUGUGGAUGGUUAUGUUGAUCCCUCAGGAGGCGAUCGCUUCUGCCUUGGCCAGCUGAGUAACGUCCACCGCACAGAUGCCAGUGAGAGAGCCAGGUUACACAUAGGUAAAGGCGUGCAACUGGAGUGUCGUGGUGAGGGUGAUGUCUGGAUGCGCUGUAUGAGUGACCACGCCGUGUUUGUACAGAGCUACUACCUCGACAGAGAGGCAGGUAGAGCACCAGGUGAUGCUGUGCACAAGAUCUACCCUGGAGCCUACAUCAAGGUGUUUGACCUGCGGCAGUGCCACAGACAGAUGCAGCAGCAGGCGGCGACAGCUCAGGCUGCAGCUGCUGCACAAGCAGCUGCUGUGGCUGGAAAUAUUCCUGGUCCAGGUAGCGUCGGAGGCAUCGCACCUGCAGUUAGUCUGUCUGCAGCAGCGGGGAUCGGUGUGGACGACCUGAGGCGACUGUGUAUCCUUCGGCUCAGCUUUGUGAAGGGGUGGGGCCCUGACUACCCUCGGCAGAGCAUCAAACACACGCCCUGCUGGGUGGAGGUUCACCUGCACCGUGCUCUGCAGCUUCUGGAUGAGGUGUUGCACACUAUGCCUUUGGCAGACCCAGGGCCAGCUAAUUGAGGACUAAGACCAUGUUCAAAUUGCAAUCUGGAUUCUAUGAAUGUUUGGGAAUUUUUGCUUCAGGCCAAAUAUGCUUUCUAAUUGAUACACAAAGCAAAUCAAUCAAAAAGAAAAACAAAAAGCUAAACAACCAGUAACACAUAAUGCUUGUAACAAUCAAUGCACACAUCACACUGUCUCAAAGACAACACACACACACACACGCACACACACACACACACACACACACACACACACACACACACACACACACACACACACACACGCACCCACACACACACAUACACACUGUAACCAAAAGGUCUGUAGCAACACAGACAUAAAAGUGCUGAUGUCUUGGGAUAUUUCUAUUGCUUUACUCUCUACAAUCUAAACUCAAACACAAGGGAACCAGGUCUCUGAAGGUUAGGAUUUUGAGUGAAUAAGUCCUAAAGACAUUUGUAUGCACUGUAGAAAUCCAGGGAUGUGUUUCAGAAAUCCAGUUCCUUAUUAUGCAAUUUGGAUUUCUUCGAAUUGUAGAAGUGUUCUGCACACUCAGUCAUGGAAUACAUACAGACAUGUAGAAAUCGUGCACGAUUCAGCUGCAGAGGCAGCUGAACGCCUGGAGGUUAUUCCAGGAGUUUAAAACACUCCUACAGACAGAUAACUGCAUACCUCUGAAACAUGCUGUCAGUAAAUAUACACUGAACACAAACAAUGUUACAGUUCAAUUUACGUCUUAUCAACUGAUGUAGAAGUGUGGAUCAAGGAAACCAGUGUUACGUCAUCUCUGUGCUUGUACUGUGUUCUUCAGUGUAUGUUGAUCUAAACUCGAACUGUUAGCAUUGAUAGCUGGUUAUAGCCCUCAUAUUAAGCUCAGCUCAAGCUGUAUUAUUUUUGUACCAAAAGACUAAAACGCCAAAAACAUUUAGCUUUAAAGUAGUGUUGUUGUUUGUAAUGAAACAGUGCUACCCUGUAUGUAACCAAAUGGUUGGUGUCAAUCACCAAAGCCAGAAUACCUCAUAAAAGCAGUGCAAAGUCUGAUUUUUCCACUAAAACAUACACACUUUCUUCAUCACCAAAUCAGAAAGUGCUCAUACCCUCUGAUAGGAUCCUGACUACAACAUGCUAUUUAUUUAGGUUUAUUAUGUACCAUGAUGUAACGUGUACUGGCAGUACAAGUAAGUGUAGUAUGUGUUGAUGUGGAACAUUGGUUAUACAGCAAACUGAGACUUAGAGUAACUUCUAAUGGUUAAUGGAAAACAAUCAUCAGCCACGCCAGAGACAGAAACCUGAAUACAUUUAUUGUCAGACCAAACAUCAGGCUGCCACCUGAGCUUGUGACACCAGUGCCUUUCUAUUCUCUGGUCUGACCAGUUGGGAUGUCACAUUUAACAGUUUAUUUGAACUCUGGGAUGUUCUCCCCAAUACUUCUAGAUCCUUGUGUUUGGCCAUGAAGCAACAGCUGGAUUGAAAACAAUUACUUGAGUCUGGGCAGGGGGCCGUGUGGCUCUCUGUGAUUGUACAGUUUAAUGAUAACAUAGCUGAUCACACAGCAUAGCUCCUGUCGUCAACCUUUAUUUAUGCUCACUUGGCUCAUGACUUUGUUAUCUUAAAAUAGGGAUUUGGGACUGUAUUCACAAAGUGUCUUAUCUUAAGAAAUGCAAACAUUCCCAAGCAAAGAGUUUCCUCAUGUAAGAAUUUGUCAUAAGGCUGCUCAGAGAUGUUUCUACGGAUUGGAUUAGGUUGAAUUGUGCAACGCAUUACUGCAUUAAUCAGAAAAGAUUAAAUUAGAUUAGAUGAAAGUCCUUUCCUGCUUGUAUUAUUAUAACAGCUAACAAAUCACACACAUCAUAAAACAUACAACAAACUAUAACUGCUGCAAAGAAACAAUUCAUUUAGUUUUAGCUGAGUUAUACUCCACAAUUCCAGUGUGUUUCAGACUUUAAAUCAACUGUCAGCUUUUCAUGAUGAGUACUUAGAGGAUCGUAUUAGUGCUUCAUUCAAAAACUAGAAUAGUCCCCUUUAAUUCAGUCAGACCUAAUACAAUAUCAAAGCUGUAUCGCUCUAUAUUUUAAACCACCUAUAACUACUUAACCAUGAUUUAACAUCAGCAGAUCUGGGAUCUGCAUCAAAUUGUACUCAGCUAUAUCCACCACCUAAAUACACCUGAUUUUAUCAUCAAGAUCCAUGCUUAGAAUUUAAACACAUUUUUAAAAAACGAAGUAUCUCACAAUGGCGUCAUAGAUAGUAUAGCUGACAGGAAGAUGACAGGAAACAGGAUGAGAGAGAGGGGGAGUGACACGCAGCAAAGGGCCCCAGGCCGGGACUCGAACCCAGGGCUGCUGCAGUGAGGACAAAGCCUCUGUACAUGGGAUGCACGCUCUAUCAGCUGAGCUAAAUGGUGUCAAGGUUUGACAAGUUUUUUUGACGGGUCAUUAAAUGUUAACAUUGAGCUAGUCCAUCUUAAAAACAUCCUGAGUUGCAACAUUGAAAGAGUCAAGAGUUGCUAUAAUCACUCCUCCUGCCCACACAAGCCAUGAAGUGAUAUCUUUGUGGAGUGAUUCUAAAUAAAAGAUGGAUAAACACAAGGAGUGACUAGGACUCCUUAAACAUGCUUAUGGCAUAUGCUUAUUGUGUAGGAGAGACUUGAGAAAACCAAAGGUUUUCCCUGAUUCACAGCUUGGACAAAUAUACCACUGUUUACGUGUACAUGCCUUUAGUUUCAGUGAUUCACACCGAAGGAGGAUACACACCAGAGUUCAAAUAAACGGCUCCAAACAGACUUUUUGUGCACUGGGUCUUAGGUCUGUAGCUAAGUGUACCAUGUAGAGAGAGACCUGCUCUCCUGCUGCACAGAGCAGACUAAAUAAAAGGGUACAAUAUAAUCAUUAUCUAAAGGUACAGUAUACUGGGAAUAUUGUUUGUUCUUCUAGAUCCAAAUGUGAAUAACUGUACAAACUCAUAUAUCAGAGGAGCCAGGAUUUGUUAAGUAAGAGAUGUAGUUUGCCUAUGUCAGGAAACUGAGAAAUCAUCUGAUUCAGCUGCUUUACAAAGAUCACCCAUUAACAUAUGCAUAUUUGUGAUUUGUGCCUUUUGUUGUCAACACUAGAUGCACCAACACUGGAUUGUCAGACAGACAAGUUUGUCUGUGUACACAUGAAGACUCAUGUUGCACAUUGUGUUUUGGUUUUCGGCUGUUCAAACUCUUUUGAUGGUAUUCCAUGGUUCCCUCAGGUAUCUGUGUAGCUCAUUGAAGAUAUCAUGUGUCAAACUGCUUUAUAGAGAUAGAAAAGUAUUAAGAAAGCACUCUCAUACCUGAGUAGUAUUAUUUAUUGCCUUAGUCUUUGUGUAUGAGUGUAUAAUAUGAAUGUGUAUGCUUGGCACUAUUUUAAUCUUAGCAUGGACAACACAAAUAGAUGUCAUAUUUAUCUGUUCUCCUUCAGGGAAGUACAAUUGUUCAAGAAGGGUUCUCACAUAAUGAGCAAACUUAUAAUCAUCAUUAUCAUCAUCAGAUUAUUCAAGCUCUCUACAAUCAGAUCACAUCACAUCGCCUCCAUUAUGUGUCCAGAUAUACUUUGCAGUUAUCACAUUUAUGUUGCUGCUGUCUAUUUGUGCAACGCUGGUGAUAUAAAAUGUGCUGAAAAAUCCAGACCCUCUUAAAAGUAGGAGGCAGGUCUCCCCAGGGGGGCAACAGGCAUUUUUGAGGGAGGGUCAGUGAAUCAAAGUGGAAAAAAAAUACUGCAUUAGUUAUUAUAUCAGUUACAAUAUAGAAUAGCCUAAACAUGUGUGAGUUGAUUAAAGAGAUAGUUCAGAGUUACAGUAGUCUCUGAUGACUUUACUGUUUUUCCUACUUUCCCAGAGUCAGAAAUAAAUUCAUGUCUGAGGAUAUUUGGGUUGUCUGAAUACUAGGCUAUCUUGGCUCAGUUGUUGAGUGUCCAUGGGAUCAAAUAACAGUAAUGAUCCCAUAGGCAUCCAGCAUGUAAACUAAGUAAGGGUGGGGGCACCAUUUUCAAAGCUUUGUUUGAUGUGAGGCCCACAGUUUCACACUAGCAGUUAAUUCAUUGGAAAUGUACAUACGGAACAUUGUGUCCAUUUCCCUCGUUAUUUGAACCAAUUCGCACAGGUCUUUCUAGGAAACAUCUUGGGAACUGCAGACUGGUUAAACAAAGCAUCCCAGUUUUUCCAGGCCCAAGGCUGACUUCUUCAAGAUUUCAGAUAUAGAUUUACUGUCCUAAAGACAGCAUUGUCAGGUCCACCUCAAAUCUUUUGAGUCCACAUAAAAUGUGAAACUCAGCUUCCCCACACAGUGGUUGAUGAAUAUAUUGGUAGUCAUGUCUGUUGUUUGGUAGUAUGAGUUGUCUAUUUACCAGUAUAAAAACACAUUGUAAUAAAAACACUUAAUGAUUAUA